AUGUGUAUUUGUGAGAGAGUCCAGCUGAUGCUGCAGGGUCUCGAGGGUCAGCAGGGAGCUCUGGGGCCUCAGCUGGAGGGUCUGCAGCAGGACGUGAGCCGGCUGCAGGAGUGGUCCUCGGGGCUGAACGAGAAACGGUCCCAGCUCCAGGGCAGCCUGUCGUCGCUGAGAGACGCUGUGAGACAGAUCGAGGAGCGCACCUCCGCCAUCGCUAAGGACUUUGUCAACAAGGUUGCGUCGGUGAGGACGGACGUGCGCAGGAUGGAAGGCCUGCGGUCGGAGCUGGAGUCUCUGCUGACUCAGGUGACGGAGCUGGAAGACAAAACCUCCCAGGUGGAGCACAGCAUGGUCAAACGCAUCGGGGACGUGCUGACCAACAGCAUUGAUCGAGUCCGAAGUCUUCGCGAUGCGUCCGAACGCAACACUAAGGCCAUCGAGCAGCUCCGUAAGCGAGUCCCUGAACUCACCGCGGCUGACCAGCAGAUCUCUGAGCGCCUGAGGGAGCUGGAGAGCGGCAGAGCUCGGAUGAUAAGAUCAGUGACCUUUGCCAGUGACCUCAAACCAAAAGUAGCUUCUAUCAGGAGAGACUUCGGGGAGUUCGAGCCUCAGCUGUCAGACCUGACUCUGCGGAUAGGAAGACUGGCAGAGGAUCUAAUGAAGAGAGAACAGGAGGUCGCUGAGCUUAGACAAACUCUGGCUAACCUCACUUCUGUAGAGGGAGAUUUAAGUGUUAUGACUAAACAGGUCAGUGAAAUAGCUGAUAUAGGAGAGAUGCAGCGGCCAACGUGA